CAUUUAUUGGAUGCCAACCACCGUUAAACCUCAUCGAGGAAGAAACAGAAGUUGACGUUUGAUUUGUACUUCUGUGUUCUAAGUGAAAGUAAGCAACAUCGAGGCCACGACACCGAACUUACUGGUUGAGAUCGAAGCUCAGUGAAGGGAAAUCAAAGCUGUGUAAAGGAAAUAACAGUAACCAUGGCUCCAACAUUGUAUGAUAAGAAGCCGGAGCCAGGGGAUCUGAUAGAGAUAUUCAGAGGGAACUACCAGCACUGGGCUUUGUACGUUGGUGACGGCUUUGUUGUUCACCUGGCCCCACCCUCCGAGGGACCUGGGGCCAGGGCCAACAGCAUGAUGUCUGUGCUGAGUGACCAGGCUAAGGUGAAGAAGGAAGAGAUCUGGGACGUGGUGGGGCAUGAUCAGUGGUGCGUAAACAACCAGCUGGAUGAGAAGUACCAGGUCAGACCCAUACAUGAGAUACUGAGGGAAGCCCAGGCCUAUGUGGACCAGGAGAUGCCCUACUGUGUCUUCAGGGGAAACUGUGAGCACUUUGUCACAGAUCUGAGAUAUGGGAAGGCUGAGUCUCGACAGGUUCGUCAGGUUGUGGAAACUGUGGUAAUGGCUGCAAUGGUGGGCUUCGGAGUCCUUGCUGUUGCAGGUAUUGCAGUGGCCAUCUUUGGAGGUGGAAGCAAGAAGAAGAAUGAAGAAAAAGAAGAAUAUAAGUGACCAACUGUAUAAUAGCUUCCUGAGCAGCCAGUCACCAAUAAGCCUAAUAGAUUAUUUUAACUACAGUACUGCCAUCGUCACUUGUAUAAAACAGACAUGAAUUGAAAGCACAAAAGGAAGAAAAGUGUCUGGUUAUAAUUCCAAGAUAUACAGCCUUGGAGGGGCCAUAACCUUGCAGGCUCCGAGGCUAUGCUAGCUGUUUUAUUUUUUUAUUGUCAGUUACUUAUAAGCAGUGGUGGGAAAAGUACCCAGUUGUCAUACUUGAGUAAAAGUUAAGAUAACUUAAUAGAAAAUGACUCAAGUAAAAGUGAAAGUCACCCAGGAAAAUACUACUUUAGUAAAAGUUUAAAAGUAUUUGGCUUUAAAUAUACUGAAGUAUCAAAAGUAAAAGAAAACCGGACUGCAUCUUUUUAAUUUUUGGGUAGCCAGGGGCAUGCUCCAACACUCAGACAUCAUUUACAAACGAAGCAUGUGUUUAGUGAGUCAACCAGAUCAGAGGCAGUCGGGAUGACCAUGGGUGUUCUCUUGAUAAGUGUGUGAAUUAGACAAUUUUCUUGUGCUGCUAAGCAUUCAAAAUGUAAUGAAUACUUUUGGCUCUCAGGGAAAAUGUAUGGAGUAAAAAGCCCAUUUUCUUUAGGAAUGUAGUGAAGUAAAAGUUGUCAAAUAUAAAUAGUAAAGUACAGAUAUCCUAAAAAAACUACUUAAGUAGUACUUUCAAGUAUUUUUAAGCAGUGGUGUAAAGUACCUAUGAAGUUUCCCUACUAAAGUUUUAACAUAUUUAUGUAGACACUCUUUUUAAUGGUAUAAAACGGUAUUCCACUGAAGUUCUAAUGUUUCUAUCAUGAAGCAAAUUGUCUAAAGGACCCAGGGCUUUCGAGUGGCACAGCAUCUCAGUGUUAGAGACAUCACUACAAACCCUGGUUCGAUUCCAGGCUGUAUCAUAACCGGCGCACAAUUGGCCCAGCGUCGUUAGGGUUUGGCUAAAUAAGAAUUUGUUCUUAACUGACUUGCCUAGUUAAAUAACAAAAUAAAAGGACCCACAGAACUACUCCUGGUUAGGGUUGAAGUGGAUACAUCUAAUGCUGCUUGUAUCGCUUCGUAAUGACUGACAUUAUGAACAGGUGCAUCAAAGCAGUGACCAAGAGACUGAAAAACAGCUAUAUCAAGUCCAUCAGACUGUUAAAUAGCCAUCAGUAGCACCUUAGAGGCUGCUGCCCAAAACACGUAGACUUGAAAUCACUGGAAACUUUAAUAAUGGAACACUGGUCACUUUAAAAAAGUUUUCAUAUAUUGAAUUACUCAUCUCAUAUGUAUAUUCUACUGUAUCUUACUCUAUUCCUCUCUGACAUUGCUCGUCCAAAUAUUUAUAUAUUCUUAAUUCCAUUCCAUUAAAUAUAUUGAUAAACUGAACCUUAUUAGCAUUUUAGCUUAGUCGAUUAAGUCUUGACAUCCUCUUGGAUAUAAGUUUUGAUAGGUUUGGUUUUUGAGCUUGAACUAUUAUUAAUCAUUAGUUCUAAAAGAUACAUAUGAGGGGUGCCGUAAUGACGCUUGGGAGGGGCUGAGUGCAGGGAACACAGUCACGUGGCAGUACUGAUAAGGGGAGGAACCAUUUAAGGCCCAGAUCACUCAGCUCCCUGCCUAGAAAUAAUGGUGCAAUGUUUGGCGAUAAUGAGGAGACUCCACCCAAAGUGGGGUAUGUAUACUACCAUGGGUGAAACCAUGUUUUUUUGUUUAAUGCAGCUGUACUGACCCUCUGGGAAGAAUAAACUUGGUUUUAAGCUUU